CAGUCAGUAAUUGAGGAAGCUAUUAGAGUAUCGCUUAAUAAAUUAAGAUCUUAUUAUGCCAGAAGUGAUAGUCCUAUGUACGCGGUAACUACCUUAUUAGAUCCAAGAUUAAAAAAGGCAUAUUAUGAAAAAAAUAAAUGGGAUAAAGUUUGGAUUGAUUGGGCAAUUGUAUGUUUAAAUGAAGUAUAUGAUAGUUAUGAUGAUAUUGUAGUACCAAAUACUGAUACUUCUAGCGAUACUUCUCUUGGCCGGGUUUUCAAGAAUCUUCACUCUGAAAACGAAAUUGAUUUUUAUUUAAAUAGUUCUGUAGAACAUGAUACAUUUCCCAAAUUAACGAUUAUGGCACGUGAUUACCUUGCUAUACCUGCAUCGAGUGCUUCAUCUGAGAGACUGUUUUCAAGAGGCUCUAAUAUGGAUACUAAAAAGCGUGGAUCGCUUAAUCCAGAAACAAUUCAAAAAGCAAUUGCUCUUUGUGAUUGGAUAGACUGA